GUUUCAGCUAGAGAAAGAGUAUCACAGUAGUUAUACACGUUACUCUAACAUCAUGUCAACAAGUGGGAGAGAAGCUGCCAAAAUAGAUUUUUAUAAUGCCCACAAUGACUAUGUCUUACAGUUCAGAGCAUCAAACUGUUUAGUAGAAAAAGUUGAAGAUGUCUUACCUGCAGUGUUAGAAGAACUUGAAGAGAUUCACAUCGACACGUGUAAUACAAUCAAAGCUGCCAUUGAGAGUCAUGCUCUUGUUCUUCUAAAUAAAGCAACUGAGCGACAUCGAAGAUUUGAUGAUUUACUAAAAGUCUGUCACCAAGUCAACCCCCAAUUAGAUGUUUCGUAUUUUAUCCGUUCCAUGAGCCAAGAUGUUCUUAGCCUUCAACAACAGCCAUAUCAGUUCAAUUAUCCUGCAGAUAUUAAUGCUGAGUUAAUGGAGCUCGAAUCAGUUCGAGAUCAACUCAUCAUUGAUAGACACACAGAAAGUACUAUUAGAAGUAGACGCCAAGCUGUUCAGAAAGAAGCUUCCGAAUUGACAUCAUAUAUCAAACAGAAUCAGGAUGUAACACAGACUCUAGUCAAUAUGUGUCAAAGCUCCUCUCAAGAUGAAGAAUCCCCUCCUGUAGUGGUGGGAUCAAGUCCAUCUCCUGAAGUAAAAGAUAUUCAACCUCCGGAUAGUCCUAGCAGUGUCUCUUCAAGGACAACCAUUGAGAGUCCUCAGCGAACUUAUUCCAGCAAGCAAUCGCUGGAAAGACGUACAAGUAUCAGCUCUUCUUUUAAAAUAUUCAGAAGCUUCUCACGAGAAGUAUCAACUGAUGCUGAAAGUGAGACUUCAUCACACCGCAAAGUGAGGUCAAAUUCAGCAAAGCGGCUGGAUUUUAUAUCUCAAGAAAUGCAAUUACAAAGAAGACUGAGGAAUCUAGCAAAUCAUUUGUAUGCCAAAGUAUAUGAAACACAAGAGGAUAUGUGUCGGAAAAGAAAUGAAAUAAGAUUAGCUAAUAUUCAACUGGCAGCAGUUCGGGCACAGAUCGAAGUCUUAAGCCCAAAGCACAAUGGUGCUGUUGAAGGAACUGAUCAAGAAUCAAAAAAAGCACAUUCCUCUGCAAGUAUCAAAGGCAUGUGGAAAAAAGCAGUUAAAAGCUUGAAGAGUAAUAGUGGAGAGCCAAAACCCACUCGACUGUCAAAGAAAGGCAGUUUAAUCAAGAGAAAGGAUUCUAAAGAGGUUCCAGACACUGAAGGUCCUGAAGAGAGUCAAGAGAUUGACCCUGUCUACAGUUUGCUGAAAUGUGCUGCCGAUUUACCAAAAACUAAUAGAUCCUGUACCCACACUCACUGCACUGGUCACCAUGCUCGACACAGCCAAGGGGAUACUGCAUGUGGUAAUACCUCUAAAAACUCCAGUCCGUCUUCAUCAGAAGCACCUACAUCGAAGCAAAAAGAAAAAUUCCCCAGAAAGAAAGAUGAAGUUGUUCAUAGCCCAAAGAGCCGAAGAAAGAAGUUGAACUCCCGGAUGAAAAGCUUUUCAUUGGAUACACCAGACCCACCUAAGCAACUUCUAGCUAUUGAUGAAACCACCAAAAAGAAAAGUAGUUCAUUUUCAAACACUUAUCUUGGAGUUCAUCAUGCUGGAUUUCGAUUACAACCGUUAGAUCCUGCCCAAAGAAGUUCUGCAUUCAUUCGCCAUAAGCUAGGAGGCCGAUCAAGUUCCUUGGAAAUUGAUGAGUCAAAAUCCGGGGCAUCAAGUUUUUCCCUCUACUCGAAUCCAUCACCAGUUAGUUCAAACCCAAACUUGUCACAACUGAAAAGCUCGAAGAAGAAAAAUGAUGAUGUAUAUGUUGUUCUAUAUAAUUUUAAAGCCAAAGAAAAAGAUGACUUGGAUCUCAGGGCUGGAUGGCGUAUUUCAGUUCUUGAAAGUUCCAAGAAAGAUUGGUGGAAAGGUAAAUGUAAUGGUAAAGUCGGACAUUUUCCUGCUGCCUAUGUAGAGCGUCUUCAACCAGGUCAGCGAAUUUUCCAAGUUACCAGCCCAGUUCAUAUUACUGAAGGGGCUGUUGAUGUACGUUUCCACAAAGAUCAGAUUGUUCUCCAAGUGGGUGAAGAACUAAAUGGAAGUAUAUUAGUGAAGUCCAUGAACAACCGACAAGCCAACUGUCCACUGAAGUACCUUUUAGAAGUAUGAGAAAGAUACCAGAUAGAUUUUAUGAGCAUCUUUCUUAAACUAAGAGUACUCAAUCAGCCAUUACUUGAUACUAAAAUAGAUUGUUUUUAUCAAGGUUUCAAUUUGUAACCAUUUUCUUACAGGUCUAAUAUUUUUCUUCCUCAAUUGAAGAGUUUUAUGUCAAAGUUUAAUACAAAGAGAAGGAUUUGCAUAACAACUACAAUUUUCUUCAAUUUUGGCAGUUUAUCAGAAUGACCAUAUUAGAAUAAAUGUGGUGUACAGGAAAUAUAAUUGAAAUUAUAUUUUUGUAAAUAUUGUUAUAAAUUAUAUUGCUUGUUAAAUUACAUUUGAUGAGGCUACUUAAAACUGUACUCCUCAUUAUAUAUACAUUGGCUAAAAUUUACUUACCAAACUGAAUAACAAAUUGGCAAAAUAUUAGCUAUUUUAACUUGGAUUGAUUGCAAGAUAAAUUUGGAAUAAAAAUGCAAAACAAUCCUAUUAUAAAAUAAUUUUCCAUUUCAGAAUAUUAACAAACAUAUUCAGCUUUAAUGAAAAGGGUGGGGGGAUUGACAGAAUCAUUACAAAGUCUGACAAAAUGCCUUGUGGAAUUUGCUCUAGCUCUUUAUGGUCUGAGUUCAAAUCAUGCUGAAGUCAACUUUGCCUUUUAUGCCUCCUUGGUUGAUAAAGUAAAGUACCAACUGAACACUUUACAAGGGUUGAUUUAAUCAACUAACUACUUCCCCAAAUGUGUGGCCUUGGGCCUACAUUAGAAGCAAUUAUUACAUUUUCCAACCAACUUGUUAUUUUUGCUUUGUUGUUGGCACAUUUUAAUGCUUUGACUGAAUUGAAGAAGUUAAAUUUAAAAUCUGAAAACUUUUAUCAAAUUAGCAUAAAGCAGAAGUUUUGCUCUUGUUACUUCAAUUUUAACUAUUUUAUGCAUUUCAAAAUUCCCUAAUAUCUGUUUAUAAAAAAAAUAAUUACUUACUGCUAUUAAGCAUUCCUGCUAAUUUUAGAUUCAAAUUUAUGAUAUAUUUAAAAAUAAUGCUACAACUAAAUUAUAAUCUUCAUUGGAAAUAUUUUAUAUUCUUCCUCAGUAGAAUUUGAAUGUAGCAUUAAUAAAUAAAUAUCACUAAAUUAUAUAGAAAACUUUAAACAAAAGAUAAAUUCUUUUUUUAAAAGUUGCUAUUUAAAAAAUAAAAGAGUGGAAAAUAUCUAUUUGUUGUAUAUCAUUAAAAUACAUAGUUAUCUACCAACAGAAAAUGUGUUUAAUUUGAAUUUUUAAAAAAAUAUGGUCUUUUCUAAAUGUUGGUUUAGAACUAAAUGUAAAGAGGCAAGCAUAAUUUUACCAUACUUUGAACCAUUGUUAGAUUUUUAAAAAUCUGAGGAUUUCCAAAAUUAGAUGAAAGUCCUUUCAGAAUAAUUAACACAAUAAAAAAAAAACUUGUUUACUAAUAAUGAGUCUAAAGUAUUUUCAAAUACAACAAAAGAGAAAAACUAAGAUUGGCAUGACCACUAUCUUGGCCAUAUUCUAUUUUUAUGUUACAAACUUGAUUUUUUUUUUUUUUUUUGAUUGGGUUGUUAAAUUUUAAGUGUACAAAAGCAAAGCAAAAUAGUUAUUUGCUUGAAAGAUGUAAUAACUAAAGCCAUUCUUUAAAAUCAAUUCUACAUCCCUAAAAUAACUUCAUUUUUACAAAAAAAUAUCCAAUGCUAAACAUUCGUUAUACUGGGGCCAUUCUUUAUAAAAUCAUCAAUAGUUAACCUCUACUUAAUCAUGUAAGUAAUCAUUAUAAAUUUAAUCACUGAAUAAUUUUUACAGUGUAUAUGUGUAUGUGUGUGCAUAUAUAUAUAUGUAUAUAUAUACAUUUAAAGAGAGAGAAUCAGCCAGUAAAAUACAGAGAUGCUCAAUACAGAAAACACAUAGUAGUGUUCAAAUGAUUUGAACUUACACUCCAAAGUCUUUAUCAAGGACUAAGUAAGUCUGUGAGAUAAAGAGUGACUAUAAGAGGUGAGCAGAUAUGGAGAUAGUGAUAUACAUACAUGCCAUUGAGCUUGAUAUAUAAAAUAUACAUACAUAUAUACAUAUAA